GUAUAAAUUUGAGGGACGCAUCCGCCUAGUUCGAUAUCUUACCAGUAAAGCAUUAUAGUAGCUCACCAAUCCAAUGUCAGCUGAGGAAACUCACCCAACGAAAGGCGAACGAGGAUUUGCUUCACACUGCAAAGGACCAUGAGAGAUGCUGUGUGACGUCUGCCGCCUAGGACUGGAGGGCAUCGAGGAUCCCACCAAGACCAGGAGGCUUGGGCUGAUCGAAGAUUUCCCCGAAAUACUAGAACGAGAUUCUUGGGAUCCUAAUAAUAAAAGUACCGACGCAGGCCUCGAGGAGCCAGAAUCGGAUGAGCCAGAGCGUUAUAUCUUUGGUCACCACGAGAACUAUGACAGCGUAUUACGGUCCCAGCAGCUCGGUUGUGUUGUCUGUCUGCAAUUUUCUGAGGUUAACGACCGCGAUGAUGUGAAUCCUACAUUUGCGGCACUGGGCUACUAUUCCGUAUUCCGCGUGUUGAGCUGGUCCCGGUGUGACGCAGGCGACCCGGUGAUGGCCGUGUACUGUGGCGAUCCAAUGGACGAAACCUGUCAUGACAUGGUCCCACAUGACGAAGACGACAUCAUCAACCCUUCUCUCUCAACUUCAACCUCGGAUGCGCAAACAUGGUCCUUGGUUGAAACGUGGGUAGACAGGUGUCUGACAGGUCACGAAUCAUGUCUUCAACGUGAUUCUACGCUCUUCUCGCCAACCCGCCUUCUCGAAUUGCGGGAUAUAAAUGGCGAGAAGUCAUUUCGGCUCGUUCACCGCGGCGAAUUCGAUCCUCAGGAACGAUAUAUUACUCUUAGCCACUGUUGGGGUCCCGAACCGGCUUCGAAGAAACUACGACUUCUGCAGUCGACUUCUGACAUGCUCCGAAAAGGCCUUCCCGUGUCUACUCUCCCAAAGACCUUCCGGCAUGCAUUUGAGAUUGUCGAGCGAUUGAAAGUUCGCCACCUAUGGAUUGACAGAUUAUGCAUUGUCCAAGAUUCCGCAGCCGACUGGCAGGCGGAAGCGUCCACCAUGCAGACCAUUUAUCACCACGGGCUCAUAAAUAUCGCGGCACUCGGCGCUCAGGACGACCAAGCAGGUUGCUUUUUUGACCGCGAACCGGCGCUUAUCGCGCCUACAAUUAUCAACAUAUGGUCCCGAGAUGAUGAUGCGUCAUUCUCCUUCCGUUUCGAUGACGAAAUGGAAGCGUGGAAGAACGAUUUCAAAGGACAGCCUCUGUUAUCGCGCGCCUGGGUUCUCCAGGAGCGAAUUCUCUCAACUCGGAACCUGUACUUUGGCAGUAAGCAAGUCUUCUGGGAAUGUUUCGAGUCGAAUCACUGCGAAACUAUCCCGAACGCUACCUUGGUCUCAAAGCCCAGAACACGCCCUGCGGGUGAUUUGAAGUCCGAUAAGCGUGGGUGGAAGCCUUUGAUAGACCCUUGGACGAGAAGCUCUGAACGGUCGGAGACGGACUGGCCGGCUGCUGUUCAGAGUUAUUCCAAGUGUGACUUGACGUUCUCUCGUGAUAAACUCGUCGCUUUGUCAGGCCUGGCAAAGCAUAUGGGGGACGCCAUGGUGACAGAUCGCGGGCCGGGGUAUGAUAAUUACCUCGCUGGGCUAUGGAAGCACAUGAUGCCGAGGAGUCUCCUAUGGGCGCCAAAAACACAAGGUCGUCCUGUAUCGCCGUACCGGGCACCUUCGUGGUCAUGGGCCUCUCUGGACGGGGAUAUCAGUUUUCUGGAUGACUGGUGUAGCGACUGGCAUGUGGACGUUCUCGAGGCAGAGAUCACGCCACGAGGUCAGGACCAGACGGGCGAGUUGGCUGGAGGUACCCUCACCCUGAGAGGAUAUCUCUGCAUGGCACAAGGCAUGGAGCGGUGUAUUGCAGAGUCAAAUGGACGCGAUCUAUAUACCAUCGUCGGCUCUUAUCACCACCCAGAAUCUCAUAUCCCCCUAGACUUUGGCCGUCAUCGCCUCUACAUACAAUUCGACACUCCGGACGACAUUCAUGAUAACGUGUUUCUUCUUUUCAUCGGUUCUAGUGCCAGCCCGUCCUUCUCGAUUGUCAAUGUAUACGCCUUGGCACUAGUAUAUACGGGCGGGAUUCGGUCGUCUUUCCGCCGUGUUGGUUGCGCGUGGGGAAAAGAAGAUUAUGAUACUGAAGAUCCUCAGUACCUAACGACGCUUUUUGAAGAAUUCCCAUUCAGCGUAGUGAAGAUAGUUUAGGAUAGACUGUACAUGUCAUCGAGAUGCCAUAGCGCUUCAACCAGUGAGACAUUUUGUUGGCUGAUGGGCGCGAAUAAUUGCACCGAUCUAAAGCAAAAGCCUGCAUUGACAGCGCGAAUGGCUACUCGCAAUGUAGGAAGACCUUGUCCAUCAUGCUUCUU